AUGUCUUUACCUGAAUCCUCAAGUAAUUUAUCUUCUGUUGAUUAUUCCUCAGAUGAAUUUGAAAAAAUAGAAUCUUCAAGUUUAUAUGAUCAGUUACAAGAUCUCUUUUAUGAUGGAAGAGAUGAUAAUGAAACUAUUAUUAACACAGUUUUUGAUUUUAUAAGAUCAAAUCCUGAGAAAUAUGGAUUUGAUAUUAAUUGGUGGUCUGUGAUUAAUGAUUUGAAACCUCAAUAUGAAUUAGAAGUAAAAGAUGAGAUUUAUCGUUAUUCAUCUGUACUUGAAUAUUACAACACUAAUGAUGAGUUAAAGAAAUAUGAAGAAUCAGAUAAUUUUAAUUAUAUUGUUAAUCGUGAAGCUAUGCGACUAUAUAGAGAUUCUGAACGUCAAAAGAAAAUUUUACAAGAUAUUAAAAUUGAAUAA